GCAAACGCUGCUUUCCGCCCCGCAGCAGCAACGUAAUGAAACGUACACACCGGGCGAAGGUCUGUCAGUGACAGCUCGCUGCAUUUCUUCGGGAAUGAGACAUCCACACCGCUGAGUUGAAAAUGAGAGAGUGGUGGAUACAUGUGGGUUUGAUCUGCAUCCCGCUGGUGGCAGUGUACCUGAACAUCCCGCCCCCUCAGCUGUCACCUGCCCUGCAGAAGUGGCACAGUGCCGGGGACUUCUUCCAGUUCAGAGGCAGGGAGGUCUUCUACAGAGAGUCCUAUGGUGCUUUGGGGACCUCCGAUGUGGUCGUUCUGCUCCACGGCUUCCCCACUUCCAGCUAUGACUGGAAUAAGAUCUGGGAGCCCCUCACCCAGCGCUUCCAUCGAGUAAUCGCACUUGACUUCCUGGGUUUUGGCUUCAGUGAAAAACCACGACCCCACAGGUACUCCAUCUUCGAGCAGGCCAGCGUGGUGGAGGCUCUGGCGGCUCACCUGGGUCUGAUCAACCAGAGAGUAAAUGUGAUUUCCCACGAUUAUGGAGACACUGUGGCCCUGGAGCUGCUCUACAGGAACCACCAAAACCGUAGCGGUCACCUGACGUUCAAUAGCCUGUGUCUUUCCAAUGGAGGAUUAUUCCCAGAAACACAUCACCCACGCCUACUGCAGACAGUUCUGAAGGACUCCAGUUUUCUGGCUCCAGUUCUCACUCGUCUCACCAAUUAUAUCAUCUUCCAGAAGGGGAUUGGAGAUGUUUUUGGUCCGUACACGCAGCCCACAGAUGCUGAAUUCUGGGACAUGUGGACUGGUUUACGCUACAACGAUGGCAACUUAGUAAUGGACAGUAUUCUGCAGUACAUCAACCAGCGGUUAAAACACAGAGACCGAUGGGUGGGCGUGCUCACUUCCACCAUCGUCCCAUUGCACAUGAUCUACGGACCCCUGGACCCCGUCAACCCUCAUCCCCAGUUCAUCCGUCUUUACCAGCAGCUGGUCCAGAGGUCGACGGUGACCGUUUUGGACGAACACAUCAGCCACUACCCUCAGCUCGAGGAUCCCACAGGCUUCCUUAAUGCGUAUUUUAACUUUAUUCACUCUUUCUGAAGGGAAAAGCAAACAGCAACACCUGUGCUUCAAGGCACACUUCAGAAGCUGUUUGGUACUUUUGAAACACUUGAGUGAUAAAUGACCUUUCCUGAUGAUUGUACGCAGGAGAAGCUGUAUCAGUUUGAGGUUUAA